GUCUAUGUGUCAAUAAAAAAAGCUUCAUUAUUUAUGGUUAUGACCAGUUUGUUGUGUGAUAUUAUUAAUUAUCUAGAUUUUCAAUUAUCAAAUACUAAAUAAUAAAAUGGAGAACGCUGAAGAGAUAUUUCACUUUCUUGAAGACUUCUCCAAACGCAAACCUAAAACGAUUCCACAGGAGCUUAAUGAAUACUUGGCAUACGUAGCCCGAACCGGUGAUCCAGUCUACCAAUGGUCACUUGUUAAAAGUUUAUUCAAAGAAAAAUUACUAUCCGUUAUCACCGACUUUUACGAGACAACUCCAGGUAUUGACAUUCCACCUUAUCCAAACGUGGACCCAUUUAAUUAUGAUAUUAUGAAAAAUAGCUUAUUAGAACGCCUAGAUUCAUUCACCUCAGCACCUUUUACAGUUCAAAGAAUCUGUGAAUUACUUACAUUUCCGCGAAAACAAUACAACCGGGUUGACAAAUUUAUGAGAGCAAUAGAAAAGAAUAUUUUAGUGGUCAGUACCAGAGAACCUGGCAUACAGCGACAUGCUGAACCGGAAAAUGGAGAACCAGUCGAACCUAUUGUAAAUGGCUCGGAUAACAAUUCUGAGUACAAUGUAGAUGUUGAGAUGGAAGAUAUGUCUUGGAAAGAAAAUGCUGAACAGCCACAAAUCUCGGAACCUCAACCUGGAUCAUCUGAUGCCCACAUUUCUGUAGAUGACAUAGAGGCUCGCUUGAAAGCCAAACAAGAGACUCCAAUGGAUACUCAAGAAAAAACCACUACACAAUAUGAGUCUGUAACACCUCCAGAAUUAAAUAUUACUGCAGAUGAAACACCUGAGGAGAGCAAACCAAAUGCAGAAACAGCACCUUCUACUGCGUCUGCUGAGGAAUCCAAAAUGGAAACAACUACCACAGAAACUUCAAGUGAGGAAGCAAAGGUUGAUGUUGAAAUGAAACCUGAGGUUGCAGCACCUGCUUUAAUCAUUCCAGAAAUUAAAGUGGAUGAUGCUGAAAUGACAGAACAAAGGCUUACAGAGCAAUCAUCAGCAGAAAAAGUUGAAAGUACUGAGGCAAGUGACAAGGAAGCUCCAGCUACUGAAUCAAAACCUGUGGUGGACCCACAACCUGUAAGCAUUGAUGAAAAUAGCUCAGAUUCCACAACAAAAGAGGACAGUGAACCUAAGCUAAUAUCUGAAGUUUCCACAUCUAGUGAGGAAAGUUCGUCCUCAAGUGACAACACUGAUGGCAAUAGCAAUUCACCUAAGGCAGAUGAGAGACACAUAGAUGUUCAAGAAGAGUCAAACCAAUCAGAUACUCCUUCAGACACAGCAUCAGAAGAAAGUAAUGUAAAGGAAAAUGAACCAACUCCUGAAACUACACCAGAAAGACCUGCAGAAGAAGCAUCUCCUAAGGUUGAGAUGCAGUCAGAUAAUUAUUCAAUAACAGAUGUUAACUCUGAAUUACCUCAACCACCUGAGGAAAAUCCCAAGUCUCCAGAGGUAACUGAGGAAAAGAAAGAGCCAGAAAAAAUUGAAGAAAUUAAGUCUGAAAGUACUGAUACAGAACAAACUAAAGAAUCGUAACUUACAUGACUAACUACCUUCAUAACAUUUCACAUACAUUUUUAUUCUGUGACUGUUAGAUAUUAAGUAGAAAAUAAACAAUUUUUCCUUAGGCACUAUGAACAAUAUCAUGUGUUUCUAAUCUUGAAUUCAAAUAAACAGUGUUCUUUUUUUACAUUUUUCUCUGCUCGUAAUUUUAAAGUAUUUUACAAUAUUUUGUUACAAUAGCAUUUGUAGUUAAAACUUGUGCUAGAAUGCUCUAUGGUAAUUUGUCUGAAUAAAUAAUAGAAACAAAACGAAUGAUUGUAACUUAGUAUUAUUUUGUACCAAUAAUGUAAUAAGUGAAGAAUAAAUGAUGAAACAAUUUAA